AUAUUUAUGGUGAAUGUCAUUUUAUUGAAAGUUUAACAGCGGCUGUCGUGUUAUAAUAUAACUACAUGCAGUGUGUGCAUGUUAACAAUUGACGCUGUACCACGUGGUACCUCAUAGAGUGGGUGAAAUGGCUUCCUUGCAGCCAAAAGAACGGCCGCACCCUACUUUGCAGCUUCGCCCUCGACGGACAUCUUUCCGUCGAUACAACAUUACCGUACACACUCGACCGAGUCAAUCGGCGUAUAUUCCGUCUUGGAUGGACAAAGUUCAAAGAACACGUCAGGAAAUGAUAGAUAAUUUAAACGCUGCUAGACUCAAGGAACAGAUGUAUUUGAACAGACAUCGGUGUGACAGCAGAGGAAGUCGCCACAGCACAUCCUCUUCUCAAGGAAGUCCCCGGAUGUUAAAUUUCCUUCAAGCAGCCGCCAUUGAUGGCAGCACGGCCGAACACGAGGAUUUAGAACAACAAUACCAAGCGCUGCGAAAUAAAAUGUUACAGACCAAAAGUCGUGAAAAAGUAAUCGAAUUACCGAAAGAAAAAACACCAGCAGAUGAUGAACAGCAGAGAAAACCCCAAACCAAGAAAACAAGAUUUAAACUUAAGGAGGAACCCGGCCACGGCCAUCGAUCACGUGCUCGUGACGUGUCUGAAACUGCGUCAAGUGCUCCGUCAACUGGACGAACAUACCACCAUGUACAGGUGCCUGUAUCUGAACUAUUAGAGUCAGAUGCGCUUGGGUCCAAUCAUUUCUUAAAACAUCUAAAUUGUGUAAAACAAUUAGCGCGUCGAUAUCGUCGUGGUCAUCGCAGGCAACGUCAUAUCGGUCAUCAACUGCAGGUGCAGGACAGUUGA